CGAACUCCAAAAAGAAAACACCAUCACCAAUCCCAAGGCCUCAAACGCCAGCUUCCGCCAGCAUGUCUGACAAGCGCGUGCUAAUCACGGGGGCCACCGGCCUCCUCGGCAGGGAGGUUGUCAGGGCCUUCCAGGACAAAAAGGGCUGGGCCGUGACGGGCGCCGCCUUCUCGCGUGCCGACGGCGUGUCCAUUCUCAAGGUCGACCUGGGGAAUGUGGUAGAGAUCGAGAAGGCUCUGGACAAGAUCCGGCCACAGGUUGUCGUGCAUUGUGCUGCCAACCGUUUCCCCGACAAGGUGGACAAGGACCCGGAGGGAACGCGCCGGCUCAACGUGGCCGCGACGGGGACCCUUGCGCGGCUCUGCGCGGCUACUGGUGCCGUCCUGAUCUAUAUCUCGACGGAUUACGUCUUUUCUGGUCGGCCUGGUGAGGCCCCCUACGCUGCCGACGCCGAGACCGGACCCACCAACCUGUACGGCCAGACCAAGCUCGACGGAGAGCGCGCUGUCCUCGAGGCAUACGGCGGCGGCGGCAAGGGCAAGGCGAGGGGCGUGGUGCUCCGCGUCCCCGUGCUGUACGGCCACGCUGAGACGCCAGCCGAGAGCGCCGUCAACGUGCUCAUGGACGUCCUCUGGCAGGCGCAGGGCGACGAGGCCAAAGCCGUCAAGAUGGACCACUGGGCGCUACGCUAUCCCACCAAUACGGAGGACGUGGGCAGGGUCUGUGCUGACGUGGCGGAGAAGUAUCUUGACACGGACGAUUCGGCCACCUUGCCGAAGCUGCUGCAGUUCUCGAGUGAGGAUAAGCUCACAAAGUAUGAGAUCUGUCAACUGUUCGGCGAGAUCAUGGGCCUCAGCAGCGACAAGAUCGAGCCAACCACGGAGGGCAACGACCCAUCGGCAACGGUGCAGCGACCGUACGACUGCCAUCUCGGCACCAGGGAGCUCAGAGAUCUGGGAAUCGACGUUUCAACGCAGGACUUCUCGGCAUGGUGGAGGCGCGAAGUCAGGGCCUUCCGGAAGUGAAAAAAGGGGCGGCAACGGGGCUGCUGCUCCGUGGGAUGGUUGGCUAGCAUGUUGGCUGUUAUCCGUUAGAGGCGAGAGGGCGGGACGAUCCACUCGCAAUCUGAGGAGUGAAUGCGACUAUGGCCAUGGGCGGGCGCUGGGCGCCGGGUUGUACAAGAGAUGCACAAACAAGACAGCAUGCAGGUUGUAAAGAAUAACGAUCGCCGACGUCUGCCGUUCCUCGAGGGAGCAGGGGCCGCUGGCAUGCCCGCCCACCCGCC